AUGGCAAAACCGUUGCAAAAGGAAAGAGAGAACAGGUCAGCGGAAAAGAAGGAUCUGACCUUCCAUCCUUACACCAUAACUCCUGAGAGUGCUCACACCUCGAUACUGCUGCUGGAGUCUACCGAACCUGAGAUACUGUGUCAGACAUUACGAGCAAUAACAAAGUUCUCUGCCCAAGACACGCAGAAUCGUUACAUCCUCUUCGACUUAGACGCGAUCCGUUACAUAGUUCUGCAUAUAGAGCAUUCCGAAUUAAACAUCCGAAGGUUUGCUCUAAAGGCUUUAGCUCAACUUUGCCAGCUACCGCAAGUACCUGAGCAGGUCCUGGCUGACUCAGCCAAUCUAAGAAAGAUAGCAUUUAUGUUAGUUAAGGUGGAAGAUGUAUUCGUAUUGGAAUUUGCGUCGCUAGUUCUAUCCGAAUUGACGAGAGAACCACUCGGCUGCGAGCAACUGGUCUCAGCCAAUAUCUUGAGUACAUUGUUCUCGAGGAUGAAGAAUAGCUUAGACCCUGAUGUCCAGAAGAAUUGUCUUCAGACGCUCAGCAACCUGCUGGACGACCCUGUUUGCGCAUCCGAAGUCACGAAGAACCAACAGUUCAGUUGGCCGUCGCUGCUGGCGUUGAUGCAGAGCAAGUACCUGGCUAUCCAGCACGCGGCUCUCCGAACUGUGGAUCAGUUGAUAUGCAGAUACAAAGAUCUGGUUGUGCAGAAGACUUUCAGGGCUUCGACUGGAGUAUUGGAUCUUUGUGACAUAUUGGAGUCCUAUGAAUUUCGGGAUGUUCACGCGCAAGUUCUUGGAGUACUUCGGGACUACGUGGAGACUGAGGAGAAUGCUUCUCAUCUGUACCAAUCUGGCUGUAUCCUCAGACUGUUAGCCUACUUGGAGAUGGCCUUGCCAGCCAUGAAGCCACACUGCCUGGCCGUUCUCACCAAGAUGUCUUUUACUUCAAAUGGGAGAGAUGCAUUGUACCAGACCGGGACUGAUAUGGUAUUCUGUCACCAACUCCUCAGCUCCAACGUUGAUUUGUUAGCGGAUGCAGCAAUGGGCGUAGCGAAUAUGACCAAACUCCUUCCGUCUGCCGUUCGCAUGUGUGAGACCAACAUUAUCGAGGCACUUUGUGCAAUAUUGAGCGACGACUCUGCGGCGUGGUUCUACGUGCGUAUGAAUGCGUUGCGCGCGCUGUCCGAGUUGUGUCGUAUCAUACCCCGGGCCGCUUCGAGUUUGGUCGAACCGAACACGUUCGCUGCACUAAGAAACAUCAAUGUCAAAUUCAAGGAUAACCCAAUAGAAGCUCAGCGUUUGGCGGUACAGUGCUACAUAAAUCUCCAGAAUUAUCACGUUAGCACAAGAGCCAUGCUUAGCCCGGACUUCGUACAAGAACUUGUGAAUAUAUUGGAGCGCAUCGACAUCAGAUUGAAAAUAUUGACGUGUACAGCACUUACGGGUCUCAUGUCAGAAGAUCUUGCCAAAGACUUGUUCACGCUGAAGAAAGGUGAAGAGGUCGUGUCAAAUAACCUUCGUAUUGAACACGUGGGCUUCCGAACAGCGCUCUGCAUUCUGAUCACGUCCAGCGUCACUGACGAAGGAGCCGAAAUAUAUUUACAACUAGGAACUUUGCACUACAUGAUUGAAAACAAAGCGGCUCGGUAUGUGGUGGGCGCGUGGGAGCCCGCCAUCGAAGCUAUAUUCCGACACCAUCCUUCAGCGAAGUUCGCCUACACCGGCACCCUAGAUAUCAACGAUUUUACUCAGGAAGGUUUCUACGUCCUCAAACGACUCACCAAACGAUUCCCGACCAUCCAAGAGGUGUUGCUGCAGAAGCCUCCGCCUCGGGAUCCUGUGCUCAUCGCCAUGUUCCUCCACCCUCAGUCGGACGGAAAUUCCUCAAUGGACAUACGGAUGCCUUAUCAGCGGUCGAGUUCCAAGCUCGCUGUUUCACCAUCAAGCGGUUUGUUUGCAUCCUUCCUACCUGAUGACGUCAAUUUGAGGUCGUAUUUGCUGAAACUACGGCUGUGGUUUGGGGAUCCAGCAAAAUCACUUCACUAUAUCGAAAUAGAAGAUGCUCAUUAUGAAGUGAGAUAUCGGGAUAAAUGCGCAGAAGUGAGUUCGUCGCUGAAGCAGCGCGCUCAGCUGCUCGCGGAGUUUGUGGUCCAGCAGAUGAGCGGCCUCACCCAGGAGCGGGACUGCUCCAUGCCGAGCGUUGAGCUACACCUCGCCGAUCUCAUGACAGAACUGAAGAGUCCCGUGGUGGGUGUGGGGUGGGUGCGUGUGGGGGGCCCGCUGGAGCGCGCGAUGCUGUACAAGGUGUUGUCGGAUCGCGUGGGGCUGCCGUGCGCUCUGAAGCGCGUCGCGUCGCACGCGUGGUGUGAAGUCGCCUUACCCGAAAUGGAUUCCGACAAUGAGGAGACCGAAGUGAGCUACCCUGCAGGUCUGCUGCGUAGUAACUACGUGGUGGAUUUGGUGUCGCAUCCCGGUCGGCUGUGGCCCCUGGACUCGUUGGAAGCGCACCGGGUCCGCGGCACUGUUUGCCUCAAGCCUUGUAAUUUCCACGGACGAGAAUCUUGUUUAUGUCAGAAUUAAUUUAGAUAAUACUGAAAUUG